CUUUGGACAUGUCUUUGUUUAGGAGGCUUCAAAAUUCGCCACAAGACUGUGUCUGUGUGAGAGUGUUUCUGGGGAACACAGUUUGUCUCCAUUUAUCGGUUUGAUCUCCAGGAUGCUGCAAAGGGACCCGAAGAAGAGGGCGUCCCUGGAGGAGAUCGAGGGUCAUCCGUGGCUCCAAGGCGUUGACCCUUCUCCGGCCAAGAAGCUGAGCCUACCCCUCACUUCCUACAAGAGCCUUUCCGAGGAAGAGCAUGAAAUAAUCAUUCAGGCAAUGGAAUGUGGCAACAUCGCACAGAGGGAGCUGAUCCAAGAGGCUCUGGAAGCGGAUAAAUACAAUCACAUCACAGCCAGCUACUUCCUGCUGGCGGAGAGAAUACUGAGGGAGAAGCAGGAAAAGCACACCCAGAGCCGGAACCUUAAUCUGGACUAUAACUGGAGCACCCACGUCCAAUGCAGGCCAUCGCUGUCAACAGCGGCAAACAGCUUUGUGGAUGCCACUGACAGUAGUCCCUUGCCUGAAAUGCACAAUGGGUUUUCAAUAAAGCACUCUACUCCGACCACAGUCCAGAGAAAACAACCGGAAGCUGAGCAGAAGGAUGCGGAGGAGGAGGAGGAGAUGGGAAACACUAAAGACAUUGCGAAAGUUGUGACUAAUGCCCAGGAUAGUUCUGUGACACCAUCGCCAAUGAGAGUUCUACUACGCUCGUCAUUGGAAACCUCUGUCAUGCCAAAGAACAUGCCCGUCCUCCAACAGAUUUGUGAAGAAGACGAAGAUGAAGAGGAGGAAGAAGAUGCAGAGAUGGAGAUCAAAGCUACACCUUUGCCAAACAUGAUGCAAGUUCCAUGCGCCGGUACUAAUCAGCAAACCUCGGGCUGCCCCAGCAAAGACACCGAGAUGGACGGCAACAAACUCUUUCACGAGAUGUGGAGCUGCCAGCGGGAAAGUGGGGUGAUGAACUCCUCAGUUGAAGUGCCAGGGUCAGUGGGGCCACUCUGCUGCAGCAGGUGGGCUGGGAAAAGUGAGCCGCUCUCCAGUUACUUUGCGAACCGGCCGAUCAACCUCAUGAAUGAGAGCAACAACAACAGCACCAGCAAAGGUAUCAUCAGAGCUCCUGUAGACAUUAGCGACAUCAGUGUUCAGAAGGCCCACCCUUGCCCGCACUCUCAGCAAUGUCCGGCCAGCCUAGACUCUAGAGUUACUGAGUCCAUAGUGUGUAGCACUGACUUGGCCAAGGACAAACUGCAGGGGCUACAAAAAUGCGAGGGCCCGAGUGUGGAAAGUCCAAAGCACCUGAUUGACUGGAUGGCUGAGAACAGUGGGUUGGCAAACGACAAUGCAAGCAUUGACAGCAGUGCAGACCCUGUGAAUAAAUUUGAUUCUACCCGGUCAAAAAACAUAAACAUUAGGGACCGGAUUCUGCAAAUCCCACUCUGUGAGAAAGCCCUUUCCUUUAAGAUCAAACCGAACUCUAAAGAAAACCUCCUCUCCUUUGGACAGUUCAACUGUUGUCAUGUAAUUUAGUUUUUUUUUAAGAAAAGAAAAAUUAUAUAGUUUGUGUGUGUCUACACACAAUCGUUGUAAAUAUGUAUCAUCUUUUACAGACUAGGGGGUACGGCAUUAGAAAGGAAGGAUAUUUAAGGUUGGUCUCUGUCUGCACUCCCAAAGUGGGGAGCUCUGUCUGUCGUGAAUGUAUGUUGGAAGCCAGUGAUUUCCUGACUUGUCUGUUUAGAUGGUGGGACUCUCACCAAUAAUUGAUCCAUAGACCCAGCUCCCCACCUGAAGUGCGAAAUUGGAAAAAUAACCCUUUAAUUCUCAUAACGGAAUAACGGGUAUAAAGUAAAAUACAAUUUGGUGCUUCUUUCUGAGUUGGAAGAAAGUUCAAAGUAGUUCUCCGUUCUUUGUACCAUCCUUCGCUGCUGUACCACGUUGGAACAUAAAUGGGUAGUCAUGCGGUGAUUAUACCCUUUUUAGGCACAGACCCAGUAUCCCACGUUCAAAUUUCCAGAUUAGUUCACUGUUAUCUUGAGAACCCGUUAGUUGAUGAGACUCAGUGUUUGGGGAAUUUCCUCACGUACAUUAUAUGACAGCAUACUGUAGACAUCUGCCCUGGUGCAGUUAACUGAAGUGUGUACAUAAUAGUGUACUUCCUUCAUUGUCACCUUUAUAUUAAAAAAAAUCUAGUGUUCGCA